CACCGGCAGCCGGAUCUUUCGCUCCUCCAUUCUCCACGCACGCUCUUCACUUCCAGCAUUCCCUGCUGUCUUUACCUCCCUGCCCACCUGUCUGUCAAACCCCCGCUUGUUCGUCAUCGCCGAUCUCCUCUCAUCUCCCUCCCUCUCCUCACCACCACUCGCCGUUCUCCUCUCUCCUCUACCUCUCGCUCCCCCUUCCUCAUCAUUCUCUUGCCCUCUCCUUUCCCUCCCUCUCCCUGUCCUCACUGGCUUGUCGUUCUCCCUCGUCUCUGCCUCUCGCUCCCCCUCUCCUCUCCUCUCCUCUCCUCUUCUCUCCUCUCCUCUCACAGCACCUGUGGUGUCAGCGGCAGGCUGGCCAUUAGCAUACAGAGCACUUUGCGCAGCGGAUGCCAGGCUUUCAUCCACCGCCCGAUGCUGAUUUUACUUUGAGAGAAGCGCCUUUCUGUCUGCCUGUGACUGCCCCAGCAGGGUGGCCGACGCUCUUAGGAUUUUACCCGGGUCUGCGCACAAAAAAAAGGGUUAAUCCCUUGUCAGGACCAGUCCCCAGUGCCAGAUGUGAAGGAUCUGCAUAACAGAACUCAUACGUUUACGCACACACACACACCCAAACAGACGCGCUCACACACAGGCAUUACGCGCACACGUUUGACAUGCGCCUGGUUCUGUCAGCGCUGAGUUAAAGGGAAGUGUCAGACAGUGGGGGAGGACAGGCCGGGCUUAGCGCGCGCGACGUUCCUGACAGGCGCAUUUUAGGAAACGCUCAGCGCGUUACUGAGAUUAGCUCCGCCGUCUCGCUCGAGGCUUCCUGAAACGCUCGCGCCUGCAGUCCCCGCGGCCGGCUCCUGCCGAAUGCGUCCAAUCCGUCAGCAGCUCUUCCUCGCUGAUCAGCGCUGAGUGUUACGGACUCGAGGAAGGCUUUCCCCUCUCCCAGCUGCCAAUGCUUUCACAGUUGACUUCUGAAGGGCCCUCUCUGGAUGUGGAGGAUGCUUUGCUCAGGCUUGCCUCCAUCAUUGAAACCAGCUCCUUGCGGGAAGUCAUCAAAGAGGUGCUGGAGGCUGUGCUCCCCAAAGUGGAGAGUGUAUUUGUGUACCUGCUGGAUGUGGAGACCAGUCGGCUGCUCUGUGAAGACCCGUCCCACGAGCUGCUCGCAGAGGGAAAGCUCAGGGAUGUGGUGACCCAGAAGAAGAGGGUACAGUGUGCAGGUCUGCCCCCAACUGAGCUACAGGAGAAGCAGAGGAACAGCCUAGCAGCACCCCUACCACCCGACAAACGAGCAUUGAUCAUUCCUCUGGCAGACCAGGAUCAAGACACAGUCAUCGCUGUAAUCUUGGCCUGUUGUAAGCAGCUGAGUGAACAGGAUGAGCAGCACCUCAGCAUCCUGGAGAAACAUGUCACUGUGGCGUGUAAGAGAGUUCAGGCCCUCCAGCGGUCUGCACCAUGCCGGCAGGUCUGUCUGUCUCCUGCCGCGUCCCAGAGUUCCCUUGCCAAGCCUGAGGCGACACCACCCGAUGGGACCUACUGCGAGAUGGACCACAAGAUCCUUCAGCUUUGUGGUGAGCUUUACGACUUGGAUGCAGCCUCGCUCCAGCUCAAAGUCAUCAAUUAUCUGCAGCAGGAGACUCACUCACAGUGCUGUUGUCUGCUCCUGGUAUCAGAGGACAAUCACCAGCUAUUCUGCCAGGUGGUUGGGGACAAGGUUCUGGAGGAAGAGAUCAGCUUUCCUCUAAUGUUUGGUCGCUUUGGAAAGGUAGUGGAGAAGAAGAAAUCCAUCACCCUGGAUGACGUCAGUCCGGAAGAACACCGACAGCUGAACAGCAUGCUGGGAUUUGAGGCUCACUCCAUGCUGUGUGUGCCUGUUGUUAGUCAGGCCACCUCUCAGGUGGUGGCCUUAGCUUGCAGCUUCAACAAGAAGGGGGGUCAGAGGUACACCGAGGCAGACGAACACAGGAUCCAGCACUGCUUCUGCUACACCUCCACCGUUCUGACCAGCACACUGGCGUUCCAGAAGGAGCAAAAGCUCAAGUUUGAGUGCCAGGCACUGCUGCAGGUUGCCAAAAACCUCUUCACACACUUAGAUGAUGUCUCAGUGUUGCUGCAGGAAAUCAUCAUUGAAGCCAGAAACCUCAGCAAUGCUGAGAUUUGUUCAGUGUUCCUGCUGGACAGGGUGAGCCAUGAACUGGUUGCCAAGGUGUUCGAUGGUGGAGUGGUGAAUGAUGACGAGAAAGAGUUCCGGAUCCCAGCAGAUCAGGGGAUUGCGGGUCACGUGGCCACCACAGGGAAGAUCCUAAACAUCAAGGACGCCUACUCGCACCCGCUCUUCUACCGGGGCGUGGACGACAGCACAGGCUUCCGCACCCGGAACAUUCUCUGCUUCCCCAUAAAGGAUGAGAAUAAUGAGGUCAUUGGAGUGGCUGAACUGGUCAAUAAGACCAAUGGACCAUGGUUCAACAGAUUUGAUGAGGACUUGGCCACUGCCUUCUCCAUAUAUUGUGGUAUUAGUAUUGCUCAUUCUCUUUUGUACAAGAAAGUCCAUGAGGCCCAGUUCAGGAGCCACCUUGCCAAUGAGAUGAUGAUGUACCACAUGAAGGUGUCGGAGGAGGAAGUGGUCAAACUGCUGGUUGGUGGGAUUGAGCCAGUUGAUGAGAUCCACCCUGACUUUGCCGAAUUCACCUACACACCCCGAUCCCUGCCAGACGACAGCACACCCAUGGGUAUUCUUAGCAUGUUUGAGGAUAUGGGCUUCAUCAAUACUUACAAGAUUGACCUGCACACACUGGCUCGGUUUUGUCUGAUGGUGAAGAAGGGCUACAGAGAUCCUCCAUACCACAACUGGAUGCAUGCUUUCUCCGUGUCCCACUUCUGCUAUCUACUCUACAAGAACCUGGAGCUCUCCAACUACCUCGAGGAUAUUGAGAUCUUUGCCCUCUUUGUGUCCUGUAUGUGCCAUGACCUGGAUCACAGAGGGACCAACAACUCAUUCCAAGUGGCAUCACAAUCUGUUCUGGCUGCCCUGUAUAGCUCAGAAGGCUCAGUGAUGGAGAGGCACCACUUCGCCCAGGGGAUUGCUAUUCUCAACACACAUGGCUGCAACAUUUUUGACAAGUUCUCCAGAAAGGACUACCAGAGGAUGCUGGAUUUGAUGAGAGAUAUCAUUCUUGCCACAGACCUGGCUCAUCACCUGCGCAUCUUUAAAGACCUGCAGAAAAUGGCUGAUUUGGGCUACAAUGCCAAGAACCAAACUCACCGCAGCCUGCUACUCUGCCUGCUCAUGACGUCAUGUGACCUCUCUGAUCAGACCAAGGGCUGGAAGACCACAAGAAAGAUUGCGGAACUCAUUUAUAAGGAGUUCUUCUCUCAGGGGGAUUUGGAGAAGGCCAUGGGCAACAGGCCCAGCGAGAUGAUGGACAGAGAGAAAGCCUACAUCCCAGAACUGCAGAUCAGUUUCAUGGAGCAUAUUGCCAUGCCCAUUUACAAGCUUCUCCAGGAGCUAUUCCCAAGGGCAUCUGAGCUCUAUGAGAGGGUAUCCGCCAACCGUGAGCAAUGGACCAAGGUCUCCCACAAGUUCACCAUCCGAGGGUUGCCUAGCAACAAUUCCCUGGAUUUCCUUGACGACGAGUAUGAGCUGAUGCAGGCACAGAGUGGACAGAGUGAGGAUGCCCACAGGAUGAAUGGCUGUCUGGACUCUGGAGCACCUCUCCAGGACCUGGACACCCGGCAGAACCAGUGACUGACCCGCCGGACAUAUGAUUAUUAUUUUUUUAAAACACAGACAGGACACGCGUGCGAAUAGUAACACCUUAUAUUUGAGGGCAGAGGGAAUUAUCUACAGCGUUUCACAAACUUUAGACCAGUUGGUCCUGACGUUGAGAAUGGUUCUGAGUGGAAGAUGUUGAAACUACAAAAAAGACAAAAUAUUUCAAUGGGAUGAAGUCUUGUUCCAUUUAUUGCUGCAGUGAAAUAAACAUUUUUACAAAUGUUAAUAUUGUAAAUCAAUAGUAGGCUUCGCUAGCAUUUUUGAUGUGUGCUGUAAUACAUACUGGUGAUAACAUGUUGUCUCAGAAUGGUAAUUCCAGUGAUGUAAAUAUAAAGUGUUACUUUAUUCAGCUUUUAAAUGCCAAAACAUGGUGGUUGCAGGUUUGAUGUCUUUAUAUAUGGGUAACUUUUUGAAAGAACACAUUUCAGGUUUUUGUGCAUUUGCAUCCAUGCAUUUUCUUAUUGAGUAAAGUGUUAUAGUUGACAGCAAAUCCAGAGCAAUUUCUGUACCCAUUGCCAAGUAUCCAGGCAAUCAAACCACAGUAAAUUUAAUACAGGUACAAACAUUUUCCAGCUCUGUUAUUGAAAACUCAUGUAUUUAUAAGAAAAUCCAGCCCAAUCUCAGUUAGAUGAUCUGUGAGGAUUCCAUAAAAUUGUUUGUCAGGUGUGAAUAUUUUAUGAUUUCUGGAUUUCAGAAAACAGCUUAAACCUCAUGCAAAGUAAAAGACAGACAAUCAAGCCUUGUUGUUUCUCACAAAGAAAACAUGUUUAACAUUUCAUUUCAAAAUAUUUUGCUGUGGAUAAAUACUGUAUUUCCCCCCAAUUUCCAAUGUAAACCUGCAAAAAUGAAUGACCCCGGAAGGUUUUAGGUUUUUGUGUAAUUCAGGUCUGACUUCUUUGGCAAGUUUUUUUUUAGGCUUGUGCAUUGCAAGUGCACUGAAUCUGACAUGUGCAAUCAUCCCAAUGUGAAGUCCUUUUUCACCUUUUUCUUCUGUAAAUAUAAAACCACUCAAACUCAAGAAGGACUAAAGCCCUUUAAAGGAACCUUUAAUCACCAUACAAGCCCAUGUGGCUUGCAUGUUGCUCACCUUGCACAGUGUUGAUACAGAAUGCCGGGGUGGGUGUGUGUGUGUGUGUGUGUGUAUGUGUGUGUGUGUCGGGGGGAUGGGGGGAUGGGGGAGAUGAAACUUGUGUCAAAAGAUAUUAGACAAGGGAAUGCAAUGCUUUCACCCGCCUGGUCAUGAGUGGAAGAUAUUUUGUUAAUUUUUGGAAGUGUAGUGUAAAUAUGUUUGGGAAACAAGGGCUGUGAUGUCACAGGAAAUGGCAUCAAUGGUCAACGCUAAAGCCUGACAGAAUGUGUAUAUUAAUUUGCCUUACAUUGUCUGAGUUGCCUUUAGUAAGAAGACUUACUGUACAAAAACUUACAUCUGCAGUGUGAACAUUUCAUUUGCAUGGGUGCUAGAAGGUGUUGGCCUCCUUGCUCAAUUUUGUUUCUGGACGCACUGCAGUGUUUCAGGAUGAGCUGCAUGUCAUUUCACAUCUUUACAGAUGUGACAAGCAUCAAACAGAGAUAAUGGGUAAGAAAGUACAGUAAAAAAAUUGUAAAAAAAAAAAUAAAAAAAAAACCUUUUUUAUCCAUAAUACCAUCCCACUCAAAAAUGACAAAGCUUCAGAUUUUCUUCAAAAGGAAAAAUCACACUGACAAACACGGUUAACACUCCGUGACACGCAAAGACUACUGACUUCGAUGUAUGUCAUUUUGACAGACAUGGGCCAUUAUGGCCUGUUUGAUGAUGAUGCACACUAUAAGUGGGAUGACAUGAGCGGUAAUACCUUCUGACACCUCUGUAAAUACUGAAACGUGUCAAAUAUCAUUACAAUGCCCAUGCUCGAAAAAUGUGUGACUACUGUAAUUUUAACUCAGUGGACAUAUAUUCUCACAAUAUCGUUACAAAGUUGUAGCUACAUAUAAUCGUAUUGCUGCAACAUUGCUGCAAAAUUGUGAGGGUGUCAUGCAUUAGCAGGGAAGCCAUUUCUUCCCUUGAUCGUCACCAGAAUUUCCUGGACUUGAUACUGUACAAAACAUUUAUAUUGUUUAAACAUUCAGGAAGUUCUUUGAAUAUGUUUUGCUGCUUUUAUGCUGUGACUUGAACCUUGGGUUUAGUCUUUGGUUGGUUUUCUUGGCCUCCAUUUUUUUAAAAUCUUUUUUUCAUCCUACCUUUUUAACUGUGCAAUAUGAUGCGCUUGCUUGUGUUGGUUUAUUGUGUACUUCAAUGUAAAUAUGGUGUUUUUAAAUUAUUCCUUUUUACAUUUUCUUUUAUGAAAUAUAUAUUCUGAUAUUUGUAAGUUUAUAUUUAGAGGUGUUCACAACAAAGUCUGCAUAAUUUUCCACCCUCAAAGUAAGACACAAAUGUGCCAAUUUCUGACCUUGUUUGUAAAUGGAGAAUACUGAAGUGUUUGGAAUAUUAAAUUGUUAUCUAUGUGUCAAAUAUAAAUAUAAUAUGUAAAUAUAAAUAAAAAUGUUUCUCAAUUAUACAUAAUUGUAUCAAGAGAUAUUGGCAGGAAAAUUAUUUUGCUUAUUUAAACCUAUGUGAUUGCAGUGAUAUAAUUUUUAAACCCUUAUAUACUCAUCAUAUUCAUAUUUUUUAUUUAAAAAAUGGUUACUUGUUUUGAAACCCAACUUCUAAUAUUGUAAUAGAAUACAAAUAUAUUUUCAAUUAUGAAAACAAUAAAAGAAGCUAAACUGAUCCAAGAUUAAAAUAUUUCCAAAUCAAAUACAAAUAUUUUUGUUUAAUUAUAUAAUGCACAAACAAGUAAUUGAGGUUUUUGUUUGUGCUGUUCAUGGCUGUGCUGUCAUUUGUACAUACCUGUAGAUACUGUAAAGGGUAUGUGUUGGAUAGUCUGAUGGAUGUGUGUAAGGGAUACUUAAGGAAUAUGAAGUGUGUCAACCUUCAGGUGAUGAGAACAAAAUUGACAACUUUUUAUCUGAAUAAAUUUCAUAAAUUUAA